CUCCCCUCGACCGCCACCUCCCCCUUGGCACCGUGCUGCCUGGCGCCCGAGGCCGCUCGGACUGCUAUCCCAGCUGGCCCGGGCGUCCUUCGCCUCCUCGCGUGCCCAGCAGCCGCGGUUCCUGGCGACCAUGGUGACGGUGGAGGAGCUGCGGGAGAUGGACUGCAGCGUGCUCAAAAGGCUGAUGAACCGGGACGAGAACGGUGGCGGCGCGGGCGGCAGCGGCAGCGGCAGCCACGGCGCCCUGGGGCUGCUGAGCGGCGGCAAGUGCCUGCUGCUGGACUGCCGACCGUUCCUGGCGCACAGCGCCGGCUACAUCCGAGGCUCGGUCAAUGUGCGCUGCAACACCAUCGUGCGGCGGCGGGCCAAGGGCUCGGUGAGCCUGGAGCAGAUCCUGCCCGCGGAGGAGGAGGUCCGCGCCCGCCUGCGCUCCGGCCUCUACUCAGCCGUCAUCGUCUACGACGAGCGCAGCCCGCGCGCCGAGAGCCUCCGCGAGGACAGCACCGUGUCACUGGUGGUGCAGGCGCUGCGACGCAACGCCGAGCGCACUGACAUCUGCCUGCUCAAAGGUGGCUAUGAGAGGUUUUCCUCCGAGUACCCGGAAUUCUGUUCCAAAACCAAGGCCCUGGCAGCCAUCCCACCUUCUGUGCCCCCAAGCACGGCCGAGUCCUUGGACCUGGGCUGCAGCUCCUGCGGCACCCCACUGCACGACCAGGGGGGUCCCGUGGAGAUCCUUCCCUUCCUCUACCUCGGCAGCGCCUAUCACGCAGCCCGGCGAGACAUGCUGGACGCCCUGGGGAUCACAGCCUUGUUGAAUGUCUCCUCUGACUGCCCGAACCACUUUGAAGGACACUAUCAGUACAAGUGCAUCCCGGUAGAGGACAACCACAAGGCCGACAUCAGCUCCUGGUUCAUGGAGGCCAUCGAGUACAUCGAUGCGGUGAAGGACUGCCGCGGGCGCGUGCUGGUGCACUGCCAGGCCGGCAUCUCGCGCUCGGCCACCAUCUGCCUGGCCUACCUGAUGAUGAAGAAGCGCGUGAGGCUCGAGGAGGCCUUCGAGUUCGUGAAGCAGCGGCGGAGCAUCAUCUCGCCCAACUUCAGCUUCAUGGGGCAGCUGCUGCAGUUCGAGUCGCAGGUGCUGGCCACGUCCUGCGCGGUGGAGGCCGCCAGCCCGUCGGGGCCGCUGCGCGAGCGGGGCAAGGCCACUCCCACCCCGACCUCGCAGUUCGUCUUCAGCUUCCCGGUCUCCGUCGGGGGGCACCCGGCGCCCAGCAGCCUGCCCUAUCUGCACAGCCCCAUCACCACCUCCCCCAGCUGUUAGAGCCUCUCGGAUCCUCCCACCCCUGCACCCGUCGGCUCUCAGCCCGGGUUGGGUGGCGCCCUGUGCGGGCAGCAGGUCGGGACUGGCCCGCAGGGGGCGACAGAGCUCCUUCCAUCCAUCUCUCUUUGGCCAACCGUGGGGCCAGCUAGAAUGGCAAUAAGGACUUCGAAAACAUAUUUAACGCAAACAAACACAACACUCCAACUUAGAGCAAUAAUGUCUUCCUCAGCGGGCAGGGAAGACCUGGGUUUUGGUUUGUGCGUCAGUUUUACUUUUCAGAUAAGAAUUUCUUACCUCAUUUUUUUCAGCAGUAAGGCUUGAAGUUAGGAAACCCGCAGAUCCUGGCAAAUGUGCCCACCCAGUUU